GUGGACUUUACAAUGCAGUGUGACGGGACAGCUCGUGCUGCUGCAGGGCUAAAUGAGCAGUUAACGGUAAGUGCAGUUAGUUAGACGAGUCCAGUGCUAACUCUUCUUGUUUAUUUUCUGGUCGUUUGGCUUCGCGGGAGUGUAGUUAUCUCAGAAAUAACGUUUCUCAGGAGGAGACAGAGUGAAAGUAGAGCAAAUUUCGACAGCUCGCCAGAACUUCAUGCUUGUAGCCUGUGGUUCCCGUGCGCGCGAGACUGACAGUAUCAGCGCCUGGUUUAUUUACAUGUAACGCUCAUUAGCGAGAGCUUACAGUGUUUAUUAUUGGAGCUCACGCGCACAAAGAAGACGCUAUAACUUUGGAUUAUUUGGUUACUUGGAUUUUGGAUACUUCUGCCAGUAAAUACUGAAUAAACCAAACUUCAUUCGCCUGGAAAGAUGUGAGCCUGACAUUUUAUCAGCACUGAGGAAUAAAUUAGGGAAAUUUCUCAACACUUGAUUCAAGAAAGCCAAGGCCUUUCCUACAGACAUCAUGGAGCUUCUGUGGAUUGUUCUUGCUCUUUUUGAUGUUAUUUACAUGACAAAUUGUGCUCGAGGUCCUCCCCGUGUUUCAGAGAAAGUGGUGCAUCGACAGACGGUGCGGAUCGGACGCACCAUGAAGCUCCAGUGUCCAGUUGAGGGUGACCCACCUCCCCUGAUCAUGUGGAGCAAAGAUGGCCGCAACAUCCACAGCGGAUGGAUGCGUUUCAGGGUCACGCAUCAAGCACUGCGCAUAAAAGAGGUGGAGGCUGAGGAUGCUGGUACUUUCAACUGUAAAGCCACCAACGGCUUCGGCAGUGUCAACAUCAACUACACCCUCAUUGUGAUUGAUGACUCGAGCUCAGGGAAGGAUGGUGCCAGACCAGCAGGAGAUGCAGAGUUCUCCACUGACCUGUCGGGAAAACUGGUGCGGCCCCGGUUCACCCAGCCGGCUAAGAUGAGAAAGCGGGUGAUAGCUCGGCCAGUAGGCAGCUCAGUGAGGCUGAAGUGCACGGCUAGUGGAAACCCUAGACCUGAUAUUGUGUGGCUGAAGGACAGCAGACCACUCACGCCUGAGGAGGUGGGUGAGAGCCGCAAGAAAAAAUGGACACUAAGCCUGAAAAACCUCACGCCGGAGCACAGCGGCAAAUACACUUGCCAUGUCUCCAAUCGCGCCGGAGAAAUCAACGCCACCUACAAAGUGGAAGUCAUCCAGCGCACCAACUCUAAGCCCAUCCUGACCGGCACUCAUCCUGUAAACACUACAGUAGAUUAUGGCGGCACCACAUCCUUCCAGUGCAAAGUACGCAGCGAUGUUAAACCUGUUAUCCAGUGGCUCAAGAGAGUGGAGCCUGGUGACGAGAACAAGUACAAUUCAACCAUCGAGGUUGGAGAGCACCGCUUUGUAGUUCUGCCCACCGGGGAGGUGUGGUCACGGCCCGACGGCUCCUACCUCAACAAGCUGCUCAUUACUCGCGCCAAGGAAGAAGACGCAGGCAUGUACAUCUGCCUGGGCGCCAACACUAUGGGCUACAGCUUCCGCAGUGCCUUCCUCACUGUUCUGCCUGACACCAAGCCCCACUUCCCGCAUGCCCCUGCCGUCUCGUCUCCUGGGCUCCCCUGGCCCGUCAUCAUUGGCAUUCCUGCUGGUGUGGUCUUCAUCCUGGGCACCAUCCUCCUGUGGUUCUGCCAGUCUAAAAAGCACUGUUCCUCAGGAGCCAUAGUCUCUGCCCAAGCCAACGGCCAUCGCCAGCCUCCUCGAGAGAGGCCACUGCCAGGAGCCGAUAAGGACUGCAUGGGCUCCAUGAGCUAUGAGGAGUACCUGAGUCAGCAGCAGCAGCAGCAGCUCCUGCUAGGCCCCAAGGUCUACCCAAAGAUCUUCACAGACAUCCACACACAUACACACUCGCACGUGGACGGGAAAGUGCACCAACACCAGCACAUCCACUACCAGUGUUAGCCUCUUGAUGUCCUGCAGGGUUCCUGUUCAAGGUCUGCGCUUCGUUCAUCCCUCAAUAGUGACCUCACCAGUGGCAGUUUCUCUUUGCAUUGUUUGGAUCUGCGGAACUUCAACCGACUUCAAGCAAAAGUGAAUGCUCGGGCCAAGCUGCACCACUGAUUCUGGAGAACCCAUACAAACACAUGAGCCAGGUUCCUUCAUACAAAACUGUCCUCCUUACGGGAUAUCAAGAGUAUACUUCCACAAGUUAACAAUGAGACAUGGCUUAGGGGUAAAUGACACAAUGUGAGCUUGGAGUAAAAAUAGAGAAGAUGCAAUUGUUUCACACAAAACUAAACAGAAAAAAAACACAUUUUCAGGUCAGUUCUGGACAAUGUACAUGGUAAAGGAAAAAAAAAGUGAAUGUACUGUCUCUUUCACAAUGCAUUGUGAACACUGAGCUUCGUCUUUUCAGCUUUGUGAACCUUUGAUCUGAUCUUUGAUCAAUCAGCUUUAAUGCUCUUUCACAGAUGAAGUUUGUGGAUAUGGCCAAAAGGAACGUUUUCCUUUAGCACCAAAUUACAUUGAGAACUAAUUGUAUUGCUGCAGUCUAAACCGAAUUGCCUAUCAGUGUAGAUGUUUGCAGAUAUACACUAUUUUAUUAAAUCUGCAUAUGCCAAAUUUGGAUUUGUGGAUGCUAAUAAGCCCUUUACUUCUAACUCUCUGCAUGAGAGUCUAUAUGUACAUGUUGUUCUUGCUGAUUUUGUGAGCUUUCACAUAUCAGUUGGACUUUCAUCUUUGGUACAUGAAUGUUGCAUUAUCAGUCUUUUGCAAAUGUAGUUGGAUAUUUAAGUGUAUCUCUUUUAAGUGUAUCUCCACUUAAUGGAUAAAAAAACAACACAAGUGCCUGUUUUUUUUUUUAGAUUUUAGUGAUAUCUGUUAUAAAGGUUCAGGUACAGGAUAAUGAUACAAAUUCCUUUCUCUCAGGUGGCCCUUUUGAUUUAACUAGUUUGGACUAGUUUGGACGUAUUUUUAUUAUCUUGACCACUAUAUGAAAACUGUGUAAAAUGCCUUUGACUGCUCAAGUAAUGGCAGCCCUUCAUGUGUUUUUGGUGCUAGGGCUUUAAAAUCGGACUGAAACACAAAAUCUUUCCACACUAUGAGGUGUAAGAAAGCCGAUCCAGCCCAUCGUCCCUGCUUUUUCUGUAAUCACCCAAAUGUGGAAGUGCAGAACACACUGCCGAGUUUUGAAUCUAUAUUAAUGCACUUAUUCCACAGUUUCAUUUGUAGUAGUGAGAACAUUUAGGAUGAUGCUAUGUUAGAAAUCACUCAAAAUGCAAACCCUGUCUAACUGUAAAAGUUAACAGGUGUAGUUAAUUUAUUUGCUAGCAUUAUUUUUGUGACCUUAAAUUGGGCAUUACAGAAAUGUUUGAACCAAAUAAAAGAUUAUAGUUUAUGGUUUUAUUUUUCUUUUUAUAGCUGCAAUGUAAGCUAUGUAGCAUAUACUAUCACGUGUAAAAUAUUUAUAUGUGCAGUUUAAAAAGUUAGUAAUUAGUUAUCUUUGUAUGGACAAUCUUGUACAGUCAGGCCUCUUUUUAUGUGGUAAAAAAUGUUAUGUUUCUCACAUCGAAACAUUUAAAAUCAUUUUAUCAUUGCCAAUAAAAUGAUAAAUCUUU